AGGGGCGGGACUUCCGGCCUCGCUGGCGUGGACGUUUGUGGUGGGGCGUGUUGGUCCGCACUCUCAGAACUGUGCCGGGAAGGAUGGGAGGGCGACUGGGUCUCACCUCCGCACCGUUGUAGGACCCGGGGUAGGGUUUUGAGCCCGUGGGAGCUGCCCCACGCGGCCUCGUCCUGCCAACGGUCGGAUGGCGGAGACGAAGGACGCAGCGCAGAUGUUGGUGACCUUCAAGGAUGUGGCUGUGACCUUUACCCGGGAGGAGUGGAGACAGCUGGACCUGGCCCAGAGGACCCUGUACCGAGAGGUGAUGCUGGAGACCUGUGGGCUUCUGGUUUCAGUAGGGCAUCGGGUUCCCAAACCAGAGUUGGUCCACCUGCUAGAGCAUGGGCAGGAGCUGUGGAUAGUGAAGAGAGGCCUCUCACAUGCUACCUGUGCAGGUGACAGAGCACAAGUUCAUACCAGAGAGCCAACCACUUUCCCGCCAGUCUUAUCUGAGCGGGCCUUUCUCCGGGGAAGCCUGACUCUGGAAUCUUCAACCUCAAGUGAUUCGAGGUUGGGGAGAGCUAGGGAUGAGGAAGGGCUUUUGGAAAUGCAGAAAGGUAAAGUGACACCAGAGACAGACCUCCACAAGGAGACCCAUCUUGGGAAAGUGAGCCUUGAAGGUGAAGGUUUGGGGACAGAUGAUGGUCUGCACUCCAGGGCAUUACAAGAGUGGUUAUCAGCAGAUGUUCUCCAUGAAUGUGACUCACAGCAACCAGGGAAAGACGCCUUGAUUCAUGCAGGGACAAACCCCUACAAAUGCAAGCAGUGUGGGAAAGGUUUUAACAGGAAGUGGUAUCUCGUUCGACAUCAGAGGGUUCACACUGGAAUGAAACCCUAUGAAUGCAAUGCAUGUGGGAAAGCCUUUAGCCAGAGCUCAACUCUCAUUCGGCACUACCUCAUCCACACCGGGGAGAAACCAUAUAAGUGCCUUGAGUGUGGGAAGGCCUUCAAACGCAGGUCGUACCUCAUGCAGCACCAUCCAAUCCACACUGGAGAGAAACCCUAUGAGUGUAGUCAAUGUCGAAAGGCCUUCACCCACCGGUCUACUUUUAUUCGCCAUAAUAGGACCCACACUGGAGAAAAGCCCUUUGAGUGCAAAGAAUGUGAGAAAGCCUUUAGCAAUAGAGCCCACCUAAUUCAACAUUACAUCAUCCACACUGGAGAGAAGCCCUAUGAUUGCAUGGCAUGUGGAAAGGCCUUCAGAUGCAGCUCAGAACUCAUACAGCACCAGCGGAUUCACACUGGGGAGAAGCCCUAUGAAUGCACCCAGUGUGGGAAAGCCUUUCACCGGAGCACGUACCUCAUUCAGCACUCUGUCAUCCACACUGGGGAGAUGCCCUACAAGUGUAUCGAGUGUGGGAAGGCCUUCAAACGCAGGUCACACCUUCUGCAGCACCAAAGGGUCCAUACAUGAGAGAACCCUAUUGUUGCAAUGAAUACAGCAAGGCCUUUACCCACUGUUAUUUUAUCAUUCAUAAUGGGACCCACACUGUAGGAAGAAGUCCUUCGAGUGCAAAGAAUGUCAGGAAACUUUUCAUUUUUUUUGUCAGCUCUUUCUUAACUAACACAUGAGCAGUCACUUUGGAGAGAAGCCCUGUGAAUACAGUGAAUGUAAGGAUCCCUUCAGUCACCACUCAGUUCUCACUCAUUGCAGAAGGAUUCAUACCAGGGGGAAAUGUGGAAGGCAUUCCAUCAACAUCAGAGAACUCAUGCUGGAGAAAGACAUUCCAAAUAUAACUAUUAAGGACAGUCUUUGGCCAGAGCAGAAAUCUUACUAUCUGAGAAUCAUAAUGAAAAGUUACUACAUAAUUGUUAUUGAUGUGAGAAAACUUUCUGUGACCAGGUUGUCACUUGCUUGUCCUAUAAAGAGCCAUGCUGGAAUUUGACCCACCUUGGGAUUUUCUCUAUGAACUUAUGAAAACCUUCAGUUACAGGUAUCUUCUUGCUUUAUGUCCUUACAGACUUCGCUGUAAGAUCAGUUUUAUUUUUUGGUAGGGGAAUGUUUGAGAGGUAAAGGGGUUUUAUUCCUUUUUUUUUUUUUUUUAACAUACAUUCACUGCCAUCCUUUCUCAGAGUUAGACAGUGAGGGCAGCUCUUCAGGCAUUUCUUGGAAGCUGCCUUUGAUCCAGACAUCUCUGGGAGGAUAUCCAUGAGGAGAGUAAUUCUUUGUGAGAAAUAUGAAGGCUUGUGUCAUGAGAUUCUUGAAUUUAGUAGAAAUUAGAAUACUGAGAACAUCUUCAUGUGACACUUCUUUUUUAUAUCUAGGGUGAGAAGAACCCAUGUACAGAUGGCCACAUUAAAAUGUGCACCACAUUAAAAUGUGCAAUACCUAAGACUGUUUAAGGCUUUGAUUUUUAUUAAUAAACUCAUUAUUUUUUAAGAGACAGGGACUUGCUCUGUCACCCAGGCUAGAGUGCAGUGGCAUGAUCAUAGUUCCCUGUAACCUUGAACUCCUGGGUUCAAAUGGUCCUCUUGCCUCAAGUUUCUGAGUAGCUUGGGAUACAGGCAUACACCACUACGCCUGGCUAAUGUUUGUAAUUUUAGUAGAGACAAGGUUUUACCAUGUUGGCUGGGCUGGUCUGGAACUCCCAGCUUCAAGUGAUCCACCUGCCUUGGCCUCCCAAAGUUCUGGGAUUACAGGUGUGAGUCACUGCACCCAGCCUUCAAUUUUUUUGUAUAGAUGAGGUCUUGCUGUGUUCCCCAGAUCUGUCUCAAACUGCUAGACUCAAGUCAUCAUCCUGCUUAGCCUCCUAAAGUGUUGGGAUUACAGGUGUGAGCCACCACACCUAGCCUAAUAUGGUUUCAAAUGCUCAGCACUCUCACAUUUUCCUGAUUCCAUUCUAUCUGUUUGUUGUCUUUAUUUUCUCUGGCAACACAGUGAUCACUUUGUACUUGCUUGGCCUUCUCAGAUGAGUCCUAAUUCUUUCUGGUGUUUAUCAGAUUCUUUAAUCCUGUGUAGAGGGGUAUUUUUAGGUCCCCCUCAGCAUUUUUCUAGGGAUUGAAUUAUAGCUAAAACAGGCAAAAUAAAACACACAACUAAGAUGAAUCCAUGGUAAACCCAGUAAACCCAAGAAAACAACAUGGAGAGGAAUCUCAUUGUCUGAUAUUAUAAACAUUUGCGUGAGUUUUGCUACAAAAUAAAGUGCCUAGCAUUUUAACAGGUGAAUCAGGAUAUACGUGGGCAGGUUUACGUGAGUUUCAUAGUUAACCACCAUGACCUUAGUCCCUUGGUGCUAGCACUGAAUAUGGUAAUUAGUUUUGUUGUGUUUUGAGAUGGAGUCUCACUCCAUUGCCCAGGCUGGAGUGCAGGGGUGCGAUCUUGGCUCAUUGCAACCUCUGCCUCCCGGGUUCAAGCGAUUCUCCUGCCUCAGCCUCCCAAGAAGCUGGGAUUACAGGCAUGUACUACCAUGCCCAGCUAAUUUUUGUAUUUUUAGUAGAGACAGGGUUUUGCCAUGUUGCCCAGGCUGGUCUCGAACUCCUGACCUCAGGUGAUCCACCCACCUCAGCCUGCCAAAAAGCUGGGAUUACAGGUGUGAGCCACUGUACUUAGCCUGAAUCUGGUAAUUUGAAAUUCCUUUUGUGAGAUUUUCUUUUAGUUUUCAAGCUACAUGAGAUAAUGUUAGGUUAAAAUGUGUGAAAAAUAGAAAAUUAUCAUUUUCUCACUUUGAGCUUUCCUCACAACCUUUUAAAGCACUGCAUAUAUAUUUCAUGUUUUCAUAGUGGGCAUGUACCUUUUACUGUGGUCCUUUUGCACAUAUUAUAAAUAGAAUUCUUGGUGAGUUAAGAGUUCUCUGUUUUUGUUUUUUCAGGACAGAGUGCACAGUUUCCUCUCCUGUGGGAAGGAGAGUUGACUCUUGAGGACCCCCACCCUCCUGCAUCCUCUCUCUGGAAGGCUGCAUGUAUUGUAGCUGUGGCUGUACUUGUACCUAAGGCCCUGGGUUCAAGAGAGUUGGAGAAAUCCCUCUAGAAACAUAUUGGCUGUCAUCAAAGGGUUCUUUCCAGGCCUGAGGACCUAGGCCCCAGUUUGUCCCAAAGCAGGAGUGUUUUCCAUGGGAUAAAGGACACCCUAGGUUUUUCUUAGCUUCCAGCUCUUUCCAUACAGUCUUCACUCAAGGGUUUGGUACAAGGAUCUACUAUGAACUUGCUGCUGUGAUAGGCAAGAAUCUCAUGAGACACCUGUCAUUUAGCUCCAUGGCCACUCACUGUUGUGGUCAUACUUAGAAGAGUGGGAUGCAGUGGAUGGCUGGGCUAUGGGUCCUGCCCUUGAGCAGGGAAGGAACUUACUGUCUAAUAUAGGAAAAACACAUGAGAACAGGUGCAAUAUAUUGACUUAAACUUGUUUAGCACCCAUUUUUAAGUCAGUAGAAGUUUUGAACUUACAGUAAAAGUUGUGAACUUCUGUAUGUUUUCCACAGUUUAUGAUUGAGGUAAAACAUGUUUUUUGUUUUGUUUUUGAGACAGUUUCACUCUUGUUGCCCAGGCUGGAGUGCAGUGGCGCCAUCUCAGCUCACUGCAACUUCUGCCUCCCGAGUUCAAGGGAUUCUCCUGCCUCAGUCUCCCGAGUAGCUGGGAUUAUAGGCGCCCACCACCAUGCCCGGCUAGUUUUUUUGUAUUUUUAGUAGAGACGGGGUUUCACCAUGUUGGCCAGGCUGGUCUUGAACUCUUGACCUCAUGUAGUCCACCCGCCUCGGCCUCCCAAAGUGCUGCGAUUACAGGCGUGAGCCACCGUGCCCGGCAGAGGUAAAACGUUUUCAUGUUCAUGUUUUUGUAACUUUGUUACAUUUAAUGAACAAAUUAGAUAAAAAGCACUAUGCUCUUAUGGUGCUUAAUCUGUGAGAAAUGAUUGUGGGGGUGGGACUAGUUAUGACCAUUCACAGUUGGUGCACUUCAAUCAGUAAAUCUCACAGAGGAAAUGUGGACGGUAAAUUAACUCGGCAAGUCGGUCAUGCAAAGACGAAUUAGAAAUCUUAAUAUUUGUAAGCAGACAAAAAAUGUGUCUGGAAGGAUCCUCACCCAGUUAAAUGGUAUUUGCUCCUUGGGUGUAGAGGGAGGGAAGGGAUGGGGUAGAGGGGAAUGUCAGAGUUCACUUUAACUUCAUGCACAUGUGGAAAUGUUUGAAAUGUUCACAGUAAGUUUUAUAAUUUCAGAAAAACUGCUUAAGGUUGAAAAGCGAAAUUUAAGAAAUUGCUGACGGAAUAAAAACAUAAUAGAACUAGAACAUUGAAGGAAAUGAAAGAAGCAAGAAGGAAAGCACCAGAAGUGAUUUGGAAGAGAAAUUCUAAAAUGAAUGUGAACAACAGAGUGAUCAGAAGAGUGUAGGGAAUUAAUAGUUUCUUUAAACAAGCCAUCUCACAAUGGAAGCCUGUUUGUCUUGAAAUUGCUGUGGUUAUUAUUCACUCUGCCCUUUGAAGAACUGCAGAAAUUCAUAGGGCAAUGUUAAGUGUUUGUGUCUCCAAAAAAGAUGUUGGAGUCGUUACCCUCAGAACCUCAGGUAUUCACGUUAGUUAAUCCAUUAGGUUAGUUCCUAAUUGACUAUGACUGUGUCCUUAUAAAAAUGGGAAAUUUGGUCACAGAGGCAGAUGUACAGAGGGAAGACGAUGUGACGACACAGGAAGAACAUCUUCAAGCCAAGGAACACAUGGGGCUACCAGAAGCCGAGAUAGAAGCAUGGAACAUAUGUUCUAGUAAGAAGUGUCUGGGUUGUUUUGGUUUUUUUUCUUUGGAGUUUUUGUGGUAUUAAAUUAUUUUUAAAUUAUGUUUUAUUGUAGACCUCACAAUUCUUUUUUUUUCUUUUUCACUCAAACUACAGCAAAAUAUUAUAUUUCUAUCCUAUAUUUCAUGGGCUUACCUCUAGCCAAUUGUUUUUAACUGCCAUGUAAUAUUUUACAUCAUGAAGCUUUCAUCCUUGAUUCAAAUCCUCUGAUUAUGGACAUGUAUUUCCUCCAUUUUCCUGCUAUGAAAUAUAUCACCACCAGCUUGAUUCAACCUUAAAAAUAAGGUCAUCAGUAUUAUGUUCUAAAUAAACUUAUGGCCAUACAUGAGAAAUGUACCUUGCAGCUGAAUGGCUAGGUCAUAUGGUGAUCUAGUAUGUAACUGGAAUUAUGUUAUACAUUGCCCUUUCCUCUCCCAUAAGAUGGACAAAAGUGUUUCUGUAUCACUGUGUCCCAGACAAUAUUUAGAAUUACCCAGCUUUCCAGUUUUUAUUUUAGAAGUUUAAAGUGAUAUAGAAUAUAUCUGGUAUUUCUCAUAUUGAAAUACAUUUGAACAUUAGUUCAUAUCCUUUCAUUGCCUUUUGUUUUUCCUCUUCUGUCAAUGGUCUACUCAUAUGUUGGCCUGUCUUUAUUUGUAUCUUGACUUUUUAUUGUGUAUUUUGUUUAUGGUGGGGUACUUUAUUGGUGAUUAAUACGAUUUUCAAGUAUAUUAUAUGGGCUAGUCCCUUGAUACUAUUGACACUGUAUUUAUCUUCAGUCUCUUGUUGGUAUCUAACUUUGGUUCUGAAGUUUAUGGAAUGGAAGUAUUUAAUUGGAAAGAUUAAACAUACUGAUUUUAAUUAA